AUGUCUACGACGAGAUUAUUGCCCCGGCCUGCCCCUACGCCCGAAAACACAACCUCUUCAGCUGGCCAAAGCCCUCGGAACCCAUCCCGAGGUAAGUUUUACCAUGGAUAAUACAAAAUUUUUGACAAGGAAAGUACUUCAAUAGGCUAUCGAGUUACAGGUCGAGUCAUAUAUCAAAAAAAUCGCAAAAUUUUUCUGAUUCAGAAUAUGUAAAAGUUAACUACCGAUUUUGGUUUGUAAAGGUGAAAAAAUCCUCAGAAGUUUUCUCGCAAAACCACGCAAAUGCCUUUUUGACAAAGUUUUUACCAAAUCAAAAGCUUUGUUUUGAGCUAAAGUGAACCUUGGCAUCUUGACAAGCCUUAAAAUAUCAAAUUUGAUUAAUACUACACCUUAAUUAGUAGUUCCAAUAUAAAAAAGCGGCAUUUGUGUGGUGCUGCGAUAAAAGUUCUGAGGAUUUUUUCACCCUACAGUCCAAAAUCAGGCAGCUAACAUUUACAUAUUCUGAAUCAGAAAAAUUUUACGUUUUUUUUUCAUCUAUGACUCGACCUGUAACUCCACACCCCGUAGAAGUACUUUCCUCACGCCAAAUUAUUGCCGUCAAAAAAUGGUUUUGCGAGCUGCGCCCAUCCUUACAAAUAUUUCGGCAACCAUUGUAUACGAUGCUUAUUAAAACCCACUCAUUUCCAAAAAGCGUAAAAUUAACAACGAAAUAAAAGCAGAAGAACAACUGAUGUGUUAAGAUACAACAUUAAUAUCUUCUUCAUCGUCGGUUGGAAUCAAUUCAAAGGUGAAUAGGCUUUUCAGGUUUUCCUUUGUAAUUUCUUGGAUUUUUUCCCUGAGGCUCUGGCGGUGGCUGCCAGUUCUUCUCGCCGUCGGUGCCUGUAGUUAAAAUUUCUGUUGCUGACGUCUCCGAGCACAUUCUGAAACCAUAAAGCGAACUAAAAUUGAAUUUUUCCAAAAAAAUCCCCGCUGGGCACAAAAUUAAAUCGAAAUUUUCUCAAAAUUUAAUGUUCCGAUUUCGAAAAUUUUAACGGAUUAUGAAAGCCCAUACUUCAAAGUAUAAUAUAUCCUAAAAUGAAGAAGAUCUAAGGCAAAAAAACUACCAAUUCCAACUAAACAUCAAACUUUUCGUCAUUCUGAGAUACUGUAAUAUCCGAAAUUUCUUCGUUAUCUUUCUGGCUAAGCCUGUGGUCUUGUGUUUGGGAUUGCAAUAAUCUACUCGCAGUUGUGUUGCUGAUGUAUCCAACCACGUUCUAAAACUAUAACAUGAAUAAAAAGCAAUUUUUCCAGUAAAAAAUCCCUGCCGGGCAAAAAAAUAAAUUAGAAGUUUCUCAAAAUUUAAUGUUCCGAUUUCAAAAAUUUUGACGGAUUAUGAAAGCCUACUCUUUAAAGUAUAAUAUAUCUUAAAAUCAACAGGAUCUAAGGCAAAAAACCUACCAAUUCUGACGAAUAUCACGAUUUUGAUCACCUUGUGGUAGUGUAAUAUCGUGAUUUUUGAGUUUUUUUAUCUCGUGCAUGAGCUGACUCUAUUCCUGUUGUCUUCGUUUCUUGUCCUCUCUGGAAUACAGCGAUGUCGAAGUUGCAGCGGAGGGUGAUUGUGUAAAACCAGUCAAUUUCAUCUAAAUUCAAAAGUCAUAAAUUUCAGUUUUUGAGAAUGAACUCAAGGUAAGAUGAUGCAAUAGCUAAAAAUGAGGUACCUAUUGAAAGCUGAAGCAAUAUCCUAUAAUCCUAUAAGGAGAAAACCUGAGCUUUCGUUCCAUAAGAAAAGUUACAGAUCAUCCAAAUUGACUUACUUUUGUCCAAGGUUUGAAACAAAGCCCCAAAUUAUGCCAAAGCAAACAUUUAUCUGUCUCGUUUGUGUAAUUUCUAAUUUGUCUGCUUUAUUUCUGCAUACUUUGUUUAUUUAUGCAUUUACAGAAGCUUGUUCUGCGGUUUUAUUACGGUAUUUCUGCAGAGGGGAACACUUGAUAAAAAUGACCGGGGGAAGACUUGACUCGAACCAUUUUUUUUGACGUUUUGCAAUAGAAAGUAAUUUGGCGUGCUUUCCUCGUCAGAAAUUUCAAAACUUUUCUCCUAAUUACGGAGAAUUUUCUUGGAUGGGGAAAGAGUUGACUCAUCUUGGUCAAGUCUUCCUCUCUAGACGAAAAAUGCAACGUUGCAUAGCUUUGGUUUGUUGCAGGAGGAGCGGGCUGUAUAACAACAUGUUCGGAGCUUUUAUGAAUCAGUUUUGUUGUUUUCGGUUAAAAUUAUUGAUCUUAUGUCAUGUGUAAUAUAAUUUAUCUUUGAUACUUUCAGAAUAUUACCCAAUCUUCACCGUGGAGACUCGUGAGUACCUAAACAACCUCCAUAUUGAUCUUCGUCACUUCCUCAAUGAGUUCGUUGACUUUGUUUAUUACAACAAGCCGAUUUGUGAGGCUUGUAUCCGGCCAAUGUUGAUCUUCGCCCACGACAAUGAAUUGGUCUACUUGAAGGGUAAAAUGGAAGCAGUAAGUUGUUGUUGUUGUUUAUUGAAUUGUUUGGAGUUUAGGCGAUUGUCAUGCAGCCCCCAAUCUCCACAAAUAUCAUGAGAGAUCACCUUACUUUAGCCUCAAAGUAUGGGCUCGACAAUUUGUUGCGGACGACUUUGGUGAGAGCUGAAGGGCAUUACAUUACGGUGGCUCAAGCCUUGGUGGGACAGUCUGGAAUUGUCAAUGAGCUGACGAUUCCAACGAUGAGAAAAUUGGCUGAUCGAUUGUGCACUGGAUGGUCGUUGAUUAAUUGGAAAAUGGCCGAAAGGUAAGCUUAUUUUAGGUGGUAUUUUGGAAGAACGGCUGAAUGGAGAAUAUAGGUCGUGAUUGACGUUAUGCUGAGAGAUUUUAUGGCUUUUUAUGGUAGAAAUUAGAUAUUUUUUGAAGAUCAAAUAUAUAUUUUUAAGUUUGUCCUCAUUACUGUUAAGAUCUUGUUUAGAACACCCACCACGAGAAAUGUACGCCGAAUUUUCCUGGACGAAGGUGGCCCAGUGGGCCCAACUGCUAAUCCGACUCUUGAAUCGUUCUAUGGCUAUUUGAAAGGAAAAAUGGAAGCAGUAAGUUCCAUCAGCCAAUGUUUUACGUUUUUUUUGAUCACGGGGUUUAGUUUCGGGAUGUUAUAGUAGCUGCACGUCAAGAAAACCUAGAACAAAAGCGCUCAAGCAAUGGGAAAUUCUUGGCAUUCUGUUUUAGUUGAAAGAUAAGUUUUUGCUCCAAAGGUAACCUGAUUACACACGGAAGAUGGUGUAGAAUGGGUUUAUUGCAUACAUAAAUUUGAAGCUGGACUCCUGCUUAACCUCGCCAUAUAUGUUUCAUAGGAAAAAAUCGGUCGUCUUCUAUCUGUUUGAAGCCUAAACUUACAACGCACAUCAACCACAAAAAAAAGUUUCAAAUCGGGAAAACUGUUUGCAACACUUUGUUAGGAUGCCCAAGGGUAGCUCAAACAAAGAAUUAGAAACGAGCCGGACUGACCAAAAAAUAGUAUAUUUGAGAACCUUAUUUUAGACACCUUUGCUGCUAAAUCGUUUCGUAACGAAGCAAUUACCUAAAUUCUUUUUCCUAUGUGCAUAAUUAGAGUAGUUUUAGAGAACAAUAAGGAACCCUAUGUCCUAUACUAGCUUACUCACUCAAAAUUCCAAAAAAACUGAUAUUUAGGUGAAUAAAAUAAUAUUUUAAAAAUCGGUAGAUUUUAACUCAGCUAGGUCCACUUUGAUCUAAAAAGUCAGUAAGAGCAUAAUUACUGACAUCCGCACCAUUUUGGAAGCUGUUGUGAGAACGUUGCUUUAGGUGAUAGUGAUCAUUUUUGAAAUCGGCGCAGCAAGGUUGAAACCAGCUCCAAAAAUUCAGCGUAGCCUUAGAAAGCAAUCGCAAUUCACAUAGAUGGUUUUAAAACUUUGACUUCAGUCUUAAACUUCUAUUAUUUUUGGUAUAAGAUCAGGUAUGCUACUAUAAGGUAAAACUUUUGUUCGGCAUGGGAGUUGAAAUUUUUGCAGUUAAUCUCCAUUAACAAAAUGUUGUGAGAUAAUAUGGCUCAUUUAUUUGACUAUUUAACGCUGUCGAACAUUGAAAGUUGAAUAAAGUAAUAUAAUCCAUAAGGUAAAAAACUUAAAACCGAAUCUACUUUUUUAUUGUUAGACCGAUUUGCUUCAAACUUUGCAUGCUAUCUAAGAAUACGAUAUUCUGAAGAUCGUUGCAAUCGCUUUUCAUGUUUCAAUAGUUUUAGACAAGUUAUGCAAAGUUCGCAAAAAAUUCGAUUUUCUCCGGCGUUUUUACGCUAACCCGGUGGCCCAAAGGCGCCAAGAUCUACUAAUUUAAAAAUUAUGAGGCCUUGGCAAUAUUUUAAUCGCAGGUUCAUGUUAUUUUGUGCAUUACCCACUGCACAGUCAGCUAAAACAUCAGAACUCCUUAAAAAACCGAAUGCCAAAAAUGUUGGCAUUCUGUUUGUGGUUGAUGUGAGCCGGCUUUCGGAUGAUUAUCCGGGACAGAUACGUUUUAGGAAACACUGACCACCUUUGUUAAGGGGUUUAGAGAUAUUUUUAUAGUGUUGUCACUGGUGUUUUUACGUGUUAAUUUUUUAUUUUUCAGAGAUCCUGUCUCGAUACCCACCACCGAAAGGAUAACAGAGAAAAAAAGCCAAAAAAUAAUUAA